GCUGCCAGUCACGCGUUCCCUCUAAAAACCGAAGCACGCGGUCAGUGUUGAGCCGAGUUCGCGGUUUGUUUUUAUUUUCGUGAGUGAAUUAUUAUUAUUGUUUUUUAAUUAAAUUAUCCAACGAUUUCGCAGUAAAUGCCGCUUACUAUAAGUGGUCCGUUUUAAAUAUUAGUGAAUAUCAAUUUCACUCCACAUAAUCUAUUAAGAUGACUGAAGUGACGACUAGGAACGUCGAUUAUAGAACAUCUGUCACCGCGUCUUCUUUGAAUGACAGCGACAAAAAAGUCUUGUCUGUCAGGCGUUACGAGGCGAAACCUCCGGAAAACUUAGAACUAGUCGAUCCGGAUAAUUUGAUAGCUACUACAAAAGAAGAAGAGUGGGUGACUAAAAAAAAAACCGAACUGACCACAAAAAAGCAAAUCGAAACCCGAGUAAAAAGACAAGUAGUGUUGGAAGACGGUAAAGUAGUCGAAGACUCAGGGCCGAUCGUAACGACCAACACGACCGAGGACACCGAAAAACAGGAACAUCAACAGACUGAGCACCGUCAAAUUGGAGACAAAGGGGAUGGCGAAAAUACCAAAGAAGUAGUGGUGAGAUCAUCGUCACUUGAAGGAAAUCCAUCUUUGCUAAAAGAAGUGCGGGAGAAGAAAAUUAAAAGUCGGGAAGAAAAAGAAGAAGUAGUCGAAACAGAAGAUGUGGUACAUCUCGGAAACAUUAGUGACAAGGCAUACCAAGAAGCUGUACAGAGUAAGCGGGACAUUCGCGAGGCUUUGGAAGAAUCUAAUCAUAAGCUAGUGCACGUGAAUAGCUCAGGACCUCGCAUUGUUCACCAGAGCAGCAAGAAUAAAAAGGUCACGGACACUGAAGAUACUAGACACACAAAAGAAGUUCAAAGGGACGGUAAGAUCGUCACCGAAACGAAAAAAACCACUGAACACGAGGAGGUAAACGGUGUAGACGAACCGGAUAGCGUACCGUUGCCAUCUUCGCUCCUUCAGAACUCGAUACGUGAGAGUUCUCAUCGUUACAUUAAAACCAAAGAUCAAGAUAUUGACGAAUACUUGGCUAACGGUGAAAAAAUCGGUGAGAAGAUGCGAUACGAAGCUAUCACCGAAGAAGGCGGUCGAUCGGGUGAUCCAGAACAAUUACUCAUGUUAAACGGUGACAUGGCGGGCUGGGAGAGUCUGUCGGAAAGAAUACGUAGGAUGAGAGAUAAGCAGCAGCAGCAGCAGCAGCCGCCGGUAGCGGGCAAAACAUUAGCCGAUUUCGACGAAGAAGAACGCACUAGAAAAGUUGAAACGGCCAAGUGGCUUGAACACCAUUUCGGUAGUGAGUCCACUAGAUCAUCGACGGGUAAUUUGUCCGAAGAAGAAGACGACGAAAAAAAUCAGAGGACAACGUCCAAUAGUUUCAUAAAUGUCACAAUGAAGUCAACGGAAACACCGGUCAACGGUUAUUUCAAAGGCGUGUCUGAAUGGAAGCCAAAAGACUCAGCACCCAUUAGACCACCGGUCAGGAGAAAAAAAGAACUAAGAACCUCAGAGAUUAGCAGCUCGAUGAACGAGUUGGAAUCUUCCCCUUUGUUCAAUACCGUGCAAAAAAGAGUACAGGGAUACGAAAUGUCCAAAGAAAAGCUUUCCGGUCGCAAUUCGUCCAACUCUUAUUCACACCAUCACAACGGAUACGACCAGACUGACCGUACUUCUGAGAGACAACCAAAAACUCCAGAAUCACCGGACCGGUACAUGUCAUGGGAUCGCAGGGCUAGGAGAAAAUCGUCGGAAAAAGUCAUAGCUCCUGAACCGCAACCAGACUACUCGCCGGAACCCGAGCGCCGGGCAAGCAACGGCUCCACAGGCCGCUCCAAAAAAGCUUACCAAAAAACACGGUUUGCGUCCACCGAGUCUGCACCCCCUUCUUCGAGAUCGCGGCAAGUAAGACCGACGGCCGAAGGUGGUAAACACGAGAGAAAGAAGUCUUUUGGCGAGUCGUUCCGGCGGCUGGUAAGCAAGUUCACGGGCAACAAGGACUCUGCCGAACGGAAGAAGAACCGCAAAAAAUCUGGUACGGCGGAGGGGGAACAACCGAUGACUGGCGGCGACCACAGCGGAUACAGUGACGCCGAUGACGACCACCACGAGAACACCUACAGAAGUUAUGACGAUAAGCGUUCGUCCGCCGACCGACAUCACCGGCUGUUCGGUAGUACGCAGACGCUGGACCGGCAUCGUAACGGACGGUCCAAUAACAGACGAGACAUAAGCUGCGAACCAUCGCCGUCGCGUGCUACGAACGGUGGCGUUACCUCAAACGGAGGAGUGCAACGUUACUAUUUGGGCGAGGAUCCAUUCGGUGGAAGCAUCUACGGAAGGGAGAAGGAAUACGACGGCGUGACCACAUACAAGCGAAGGCACAAUCAGAAAAAGUCCAGCGGUACUUCGGUCAAUAAUCACGAUCAACCAAGAUCCACUCACUACGUGCAAAGAACUAUCCCAGUGAAUACAAACAGUACAACUUUAGGUAGAUUCAGCAAAUCCACAGGACGGCUGCUGUCCGACGAUUACGACACAAACCAAACGGAUAGAUCACAGACGUUGCCAAGAAAACUCAAAACCGAAAGCAAAAUUCAAAAACAGGUAUUCAACAACUCAUCUCGAGAAAACGACUAUAACUCGCUCAAUCGAUCUUCAAGUACAAACACGGGCGGCAGUAUGAUAAACGUGUCGUUCGCCAAUGGACCUGCCAAACCGCAGAGAACAUUCGCCAAGCCAUCGUUGUGGCGCAGUCAGAGCUUCAACGUUGAGCCUAUGGACCCGGGUCGGUUCUCGCGGCGUUCAGUCAGCACGUUACACCGAUUGGAAGAGUCGCCACCACCUUUGAAGAGCCCAAACAUCGUGAGUAUCAUCAGCCGAAGUACUAAGGACUUGCAGUCUGUAGGUGUGGACGAUGGAUAUAGAUCACUAUCAGGUAGUUGGGCCAGUCCGGGCGAACUAAGUAACGGAUCAUACAAGCCACGGGACGAUCCCAAAAAGAAAAUGUUCAUGAAAGGCCUUAUGGACCAAGCGCCGGAACUUUACAAGUCACUCAACCAUCAGGACGAUAGACAUCAGCGGUAUUCGCCUUCCAGAACAGUCGAUCGCUACUCGAGCAGUGGCCAUUCGUCGUCUCCAAUAACCGUCAGUCAUAGAAGCAGCAAUGGUGGUGAAGUAACCAAUCGUAGUGUAACGAGACGGGGAAGUAAAGACGAUUACUCGGAAACUGUUAGGAUAACGUCCAAGUCAGACGACCCGUAUCGACCAAGUGUUACAAAUACGGUGCAAAAUUUUAGCAAGAAGACAGUACCGCGCGACGGUCGUGUAGAGACCAUCGAAUCCAGUGAGACGAAGACCGUCACUAAGAGCCGAUACAACGAUGGGAACCCUGUCAUCGGAAAGAUCAACGGAUUCAGCAAUCAUAACGGUGGAGUCGUGAUCGAAGUCAGAAACGGCAGGAACUGAACUGAGAACUCUGUAGCGAUCAAAUAUCAAUAAUUUCAGUUGUCUGUAAGGGCUACUCAAACAUUACUUAUUGUUGUUGUUACUAUAAAGUUUAUGAUACACUAUUAUUAUUUAUGUUACUUACACAAAUUAUUUAAGUAAUUAACCCUUAACGAAAGCGAAACAAAUUUUGCAUCUAUUUUUUAUUGUAUUUGUUUGAUAAAGCUGCUUUAAUGUACUUCAAUGUUUUUAAAGCAUUUCGUGAAAUAAUCUUACAAUAAAAUAUUUUUUUACGUUUUUAACUAUAUUAGGUUAAAUAAACUAACUAAAGUGAUGAAGAAACGAUAAUUGUAAUGUUAUUAUUGUAUACAUUUAUUUACUAAUACGAUUAAAAAAAUGUUCACGUUAAAUAAAUCGAACAAGUUCUAUAAAUAAGAGCAGGACCGCCAUUUGAGUGAUAUUGGUGUCAUUCUCUGCUCCUAUUGUCCAUAUAUUUUUAUAUUGUUAAGGGGUGCAAAAUAUCCAAAUGCGAUCCUAAGUUAGUAACGCGUAUGUAAUUUAUGGUCCAAAUUUUACAUGGUAUAAAAGGUCACUCAAUAUUUUAAAAAUAAUUUCACCGUGAAUGUUUUAUAAUAAUUGAAUCAUUCAAAAAGAGCGAUAAUAUAUGUCUUACUUUUAAAUUAACAUAAUCAAUUUAUUUAUAUUCACACAUAUUUAAUAAGUAUUAUUGUGUAAAUACUGGACAAUAAAUGGU